UAUAAAAAAAUCUGACACACACACUCUCUCUCUCUCUGUCUUUCUCAAUGAGUCUUUGCCUUGCUUUUUCCCUGGUAUAAAAAAGACAGCUAGAAAUAAUGGCGGUUGUGUUUUGAUUGAUUGUAGCAGAGAGAGAAAAAAAACCAGAGAGAGAGAGAGAGAGAACCCGGUAAAGCAAUAGUGAAUAGUGAUAGCAGAGGUACCAAACAUCGCAGUAGUAGUACUAGUAGUAGUAAUAGAAAGUGAGAGAGAGAGGACUACUUAGUACAGCCACUACCACUACCACUACCAUCACCACAAAACCCAUUACACUCUUAGUUUCAACCAAGCCUCCAUUUCCAUUAGUAGAAAGAAAGAACAAACACAACCAACCCCAAAUCCAGUCCAUGCAAAUAUAUAAAGAUAUAUGGUCUUUUUGAAGAAAGCCUACCCAUGUUUUUGAACAGUGAUCAGUAAUUUAUUAUCUGGGAGAAAGAAAAAAAAAUUGCUUUUGUUGGCUGUUUGUGUUUUAGCUCUCUUCUGGGUUGGUUUUGAAUUGGGAUCUGUGCUUUGUAGUGAAGCCAGCUUUGGUGCAUUGAAGCUGAGAUCUGGUCUCUUGGUGGCAUAUUUAAGUGUUUUUGGUUUCUGGGUUUUCUUGGUUUUGUGAGUUUGGGGCUAAAAAAUUCAGGUCUUGGAACUAGCCUAACUGUGGAGCUGCAAGCAAAGCAAAAAAAAGCCAAAAGCUUUCUUCUUUUUUUGGUGAGUUGGGAUUUGGAGCUGUAAUGUUGAGGUCUAUAAUUUGGUGAAGGUUUUUUUUUUUGUUUUGUACCAUGAAGUUGUGGGUUCAAAGUUUGAAUCUUUGGGGGUUGUGGGUGAGGAUUGUAAGGUGCGGAUGAGGCUCAAAUCGACUGUACUUUGUAGUGGAACCGGUUUCGGUUGAAGAUUCCGAAGUGGGUUUUUGGGUUUGGGUUUUGGUGUCUUUGCAUGAAGUUUCUUAGUCUAUAAGUUUGAAAGGCUUUGGUUGUUAAAAGGAGAGGGAGAGAGGGAAAGGUAAAAAGACAUGGUAUUGUGCAGUGAAAGAGAAGGAGGAAUGAGGCUCUCUUCAGCAGGUUUUAGUCCUCAAUCCCAGGAAGGUGAGCAGAGAGUUCUAAACUCUGAACUUUGGCAUGCCUGUGCGGGUCCUCUGGUUUCACUACCGGCUGUUGGAAGCCGUGUUGUUUACUUCCCCCAGGGUCAUAGUGAACAGGUUGCUGCGUCAACCAACAGGGAAGUUGAUGCCCAUAUUCCUAACUACCCAAGUUUACCUCCGCAACUUAUCUGUCAACUUCACAACGUGACCAUGCAUGCAGAUGUUGAGACAGAUGAAGUAUAUGCUCAGAUGACCUUGCAACCUCUGAAUCCGCAAGAGCAGAAGGAUGCCUACCUCCCAGCAGAGCUGGGCACCCCCAGCAAACAGCCAACAAAUUAUUUUUGUAAAACUUUGACAGCCAGUGACACAAGCACUCAUGGUGGUUUCUCUGUUCCUCGCCGAGCAGCCGAAAAAGUGUUUCCUCCACUGGACUUCUCCCAGCAGCCUCCUGCUCAAGAGUUAAUUGCAAGGGAUCUGCAUGAUAAUGAAUGGAAAUUUAGACAUAUAUUUCGUGGCCAGCCCAAAAGGCACCUUCUUACAACUGGCUGGAGUGUAUUUGUAAGUGCUAAAAGACUCGUUGCUGGCGAUUCAGUGCUUUUUAUCUGGAAUGAAAAGAAUCAAUUACUCCUCGGUAUCCGACGUGCUAAUCGACCACAAACUGUGAUGCCAUCAUCAGUUUUAUCUAGUGAUAGCAUGCACUUGGGUCUUCUUGCUGCUGCAGCUCACGCAGCUGCAACCAACAGCCGUUUUACCAUAUUCUAUAACCCAAGGGCUAGCCCAUCGGAAUUUGUCAUACCACUGGCCAAGUAUGUUAAAGCAGUCUAUCAUACUCGUGUAUCUGUUGGGAUGCGCUUUAGGAUGCUAUUUGAAACAGAAGAAUCAAGUGUCCGUCGCUACAUGGGUACGAUAACUGGCAUAAGCGACUUGGAUCCUGUUAAGUGGCCAAAUUCACAUUGGCGCUCUGUCAAGGUUGGCUGGGAUGAAUCUACAGCAGGGGAUAGGCAGCCAAGAGUGUCACUAUGGGAGAUUGAACCAUUGACAACAUUCCCAAUGUAUCCAUCUCCAUUUCCUCUCAGGCUUAAGCGACCUUGGCCACCAGGACUUCCAUCUUUCCAUGGUAUUAAGGAUGAAGAUCUGGGAGUUAAUUCUCCUCUCAUGUGGCUCCGAGAUAAUGGAGAUCGUGGAAUCCAAUCUUUAAACUUUCAGGGAAUUGGGGUCUCUCCAUGGAUGCAACCAAGGCUCGAUGCUUCCAUGCUUGGUUUGCCAACUGAUAUGUAUCAAGCAAUGGCUGCUGCUGCCCUGCAGGAAAUGAGAGCUGUGGAUCCUUCCAAAGCACCACCUACAUCCCUUCUGCAAUUCCAGCAACCACAGAAUCUCCAAAGUAGGUCUGCUGCUUUGAUGCAGCCCCAGAUGGUGCAGCACUCUCAAUCUCAACAGGCUUUUCUACAAAGUGUUCAGGAAAACCAGCAUCAAUCUCACUCUCAGGCUCAAGCUCAAUCACAACUUCUUCAGCAACAUUUGCAGCAUCAGCACUCGUUCAAUAAUCACCAUCAUCAUCAGCAGCAACAGCAACAGCAACAGCAACAGCAGCAGCAGCAGCAACAACAGCAGCAACAACAACAGCAGCAGCAGCAGCAGCAGCAGCAGCAGCAGCCGCAACUGGUUGACCAUCAACAGAUUCCAAGUGCUGUCUCUACAAUGUCUCAGUUUGCUUCAUCCUCUCAAUCCCAAUCACCAUCCUUGCAAGCAAUUCCUUCUCUUUGCCAACAGCAGAGUUUUUCUGAUUCUAAUGGGAAUCCUGUUACCAGUCCUAUUGUUUCUCCUCUACACAGUCUGCUGGGUUCAUUUCCCCAGGAUGAAUCAUCCCACCUUCUCAACCUGCCCAGAACUAGCUCCUUGAUAUCUUCUACUACCUGGCCAUCUAAGCGAGCUGCAGUUGAACCUCUUUUCUCCUCUGGAGCUUCUCAUUGUGUUCUGCCCCAGGCGGAGAAGUUGGGAAUGCCUCAGGCUAACAUCUCUUCAAACUCUAUUUCUCUACCACCCUUUCCUGGGAGGGAGUGCUCAAUAGACCAAGGGAGCACUGACCCUCACAGCCAUCUUCUAUUUGGAGUUAAUAUAGAGCCAUCAACCCUUCUAAUGCAGAAUGGGAUGUCAGGUCUUAAGGGAGUUGGCAGCGAUAGCAACUCCACAACUGUACCCUUCCCGUCUUCUAAUUAUAUGAGUACUGCAGGCUCAGAUUUCUCACUUAAUCCAGCAAUAACACCUUCCAGUUGCAUUGAUGAAUCUGGUUUCCUGCAGUCUCCAGAAAACGUGGGCCAAGUAAAUCCACCAACCCGAACCUUUGUUAAGGUUCACAAGUCAGGGUCCUUUGGUAGGUCACUGGAUAUCACCAAAUUUAGUAGCUACCAUGAGUUGCGCGGUGAGUUGGCUCAAAUGUUUGGCCUUGAAGGCGAGUUGGAGGACCCCCUGAGAUCAGGCUGGCAGCUUGUAUUUGUAGACCGGGAGAAUGAUGUUCUUCUCCUCGGUGAUGACCCCUGGCCGGAGUUUGUAAACAGUGUGUGGUGUAUCAAAAUACUUUCACCACAAGAAGUGCAGCAAAUGGGCAAGCGAGGUCUAGAGCUUCUGAAUUCUGUACCGAUUCAGAGGCUGUCCAGUAACAGCUGUGACGACUACGCAGGCCGGCAGGACUCAAGAAAUUUGAGCUCUGGAAUAACGUCUGUGGGGUCUCUUGAGUACUAAAACUAUUUAACCAGUUAAGAACCAUUCUAUGCUUCUGUAGUAUUAGCAUCUCUUCCUGCCUUGUGAGGUCAAGAAUUGGUGCUUAGUUCUAGCUUCUUAUAAGCUAAUAGUGUAAUUAAAUGAUACACUCUAUGUUGUUCUAUGCUUUUGGAAUACAUACUAUACAUAUAUAUAUUAGGAGAUUAAUGUUUGUCAA